AUGUCUCACGCUUAUUGUGUGAAGGAAAACAAGCCCUGCGUUCGAUGGGUUGAGAGAUACUUCAAAGACUGUCUUUGCAAUCUAAAGGAUGAUUUCUCUUUCGCUUUUGGGCUAGUUAGCCUAGUCUGCUGGGGAGUUGCAGAGAUCCCUCAAAUCAUCACCAACUUCAAAACCAAGUCCAGCCAUGGAGUCUCCCUUCUUUUUCUCCUUACUUGGGUUGCUGGUGACGUGUUCAAUCUUGUUGGAUGUCUUCUGGAACCUGCAACGUUGCCGACUCAGUUCUACACAGCUCUGCUCUAUACAACAAGUACUUUGGUUCUAGUAUUGCAGACCAUAUACUAUGAUUACGCCUACAGCUGGUGUAAAUGUAGACGGAUCAAAACUGACAACAUGGUUGAAGAUGAGAAAAAACCCUUGAAGCCUGGAAAAGCUGAUUCAGGCAUUCCCAUACCAAAGCCCUCACCAAAAGCCAAUCCUCGCAGGGAGUUUUACUACACGUCAGCUAGAUCUCUGGCUGGCAGUGACACUUCACCUUUUCGAACAUAUAUGAGGGUAGCUAAGAGUGGUCCUUCGGCUAUGGAACUUGACAGCGAUUCGUCAUCAGAAGAUGAAGUAGCUCCAGUUUCAUUGAAAAAGUCUGGUACCCAACCGAGGCUAAUCCCAAGAGCCGCUGCAAGCUAUGGUACAUUUCUAGCUGCCUCUGUCAACUUACCCCUAGGAAGUAAGGCGUGGAUGGAAGCACGCACAGGUUUUACUAGUAGAAGACUAUUACAGGAACACAGUGUGGAGCACAGCGCCUUUGGUCAAUGGCUGGGAUGGCUAAUGGCUGCCAUAUACAUGGGAGGCCGAAUCCCUCAGAUAUGGUUAAAUAUCAAAAGAGGGUGUGUAGAGGGCUUGAAUCCUCUCAUGUUCAUCUUUGCGCUGAUAGCUAACGCUACUUAUGUGGCAAGCAUUCUAGUGAGGACCACUGAAUGGGAAAGCAUUGAGGCUAAUAUGCCCUGGUUGCUGGAUGCUGCAGUUUGUGUGGCACUCGACUUAUUUAUCAUAUUGCAGUACGUUUAUUACAAAUAUUUCAGAAAGACAGAUAACAGCGAUGGAGAAGACUAUGGAGACUACAUGGAAGCAAGUAAAGAAGUUGUGCCAUGAUUGUACAUUGCAAUAAUCAUCUGAAUGACCAAAUCUUUGGAGUAGAACUUCCCCUACGUACCUUGCUAGUAUAUAGUACUACUAUAAGCUCACGCUUCUGUAGGAGGACAUGUUUCAAUCAUCAACCUGAAAUUUUUUUUUUUGGUGGUGUUUUUGAUUAGUCAAUUAACAACCUUAAUGUUGUCAUCUUUUAUCAGUUAAUCUGCUAUAAUUCAAG